CGGGCCGAGCGAUUAAGCAAUCUUCGAGUUCGACUCGGUAACAGGUUCUCGAGGACGGGAGCGAUAGCAGAUCUGGAAGAGGCGAUUCAAGUGGCACGACACGCCGUCGAGGCCACCCCUGAAGAGCAUCUGGACCGGGCUGGACGGUGA